UACAAAGCAGACGGACGCUAUUUGGUAACAAACGACUCAACCAUUCAACCAUCUCAUCCUCACCAUCGCCUUCAAUUUCCAAUUCGAGUCAAAGUUCGGAAUUCAAAAAAGGAGCCAUUGUCCCUCUCCUUUAUUAUAUAUUUUUUUUUCUACGUUCAUUAACAAAAAAAACCCCCCGAAGACGAGAGUUUCAUUAAUGGCAAAAGGCAACAAACGAAGUAAUGGUGGUGGUGCGGGUAGAAGCGGAGGUGGCAGGAAAGCUAUUGGGAAAGUCUCUGGACGGGGCACAACCACUUCAUUGACUGAUAAGAAGGCGCCCAAGAAAUUUGGACAACUCAGUCGGAAGGAACGUGAAAUGAUGGAGGAAUAUGGAGAGCUGGUCCCAAAGGAUUUUGAUGAAGAUGAGAAUGAUCGUGUAGGAUCCUUCCGCAAAAUUGUCAAAGAAUCAGAGUUAGAUUAUCAAUCAGCAUUAAAAAGGGAGCGUGAGGCGGCGGAAUCAGAUGAUGAACCCGAGGAAGACGAAUACAAAUUAAAUCGACCUUCCGCAUUUAACAAACUAGUUGGGAUUUUGAAAAAGAAUAGCAGACGUCAGGAUGAAUGGAAGAAAAGGAAACUCGAGGAAGAAGGACUUGAAGAUAUGGAGGAGGAGGAGGAGGAGGAGGAGGGAGAUGAGGAAGUUAAAGAGGAAGAGAUUGUUACGCUAACAGAAGCAGAAAGAAAGGCACUCAUUAAGAAACAUGGAAAAGACUAUUUGAAGGCUCUGGAAGGAAGUGAUGUUGAGGAUGAUGAAUAUGAUCAAGAUGAUAUGGACGACCAAGACGUAGACGAUGUACAUGAACAGGGUGGAGAAGAAGAAGGAGAAGGAGAAGACGAUGCAGGAACUGAUGAGGAAGAUCGUGAAGCCAUUGCUGAAGAACGGGAAGGUUCCGAUGACUCUGAUGAGGAAGAACACUAUAUGAAAUCAAAGGAUAAUUUUGACCGCCACUUCAGCGACAUGGUCACACCUUUGUUGGCGCCUAAAGUGGCUGUUAUUGAGCUUUCUGGCAAUCAGUGGAAGAGCAUCUGUUAUGAAGAUCCUGUUUUGAAACGUGUGGAAAAAUUCGACACUGAUAAUGUCAAGGGCGAACAAAAGGAGACAAAGUCAAAAAAGAGCAAGAAACUAGAUUUGGAAUCUCUUUCAGUCAAGCAACGUAUUCAACCUAAUUGGGCUGCUGUGAAUGAAUCUGUACUCGAAAUAGCGUCUUCAAAGACAUCAAAAUUUUUUUCACCAUUGCAGGAGGCACUUGUUGAACCUAUUACUGAAUACAGGGACAUCCUCUUUACGAAUCGUAGCAUGGAAAACUCAAAAGAGAUUCGAAACCUUUAUGUGAUGCAUGCACUCAACCAUGUUUUGAAAACUCGCGAUCGUAUUCUCAAGAAUUCUGGGAAAUUACAACGCUAUCAACAGAAUACAGAAUCUUCUGCCUCUCCUCCAGAGUAUAGGGAUCAAGGAUUCACAAGGCCUAAGGUCUUGAUCAUCUUGCCUUAUAAGAACACAGUGGUGGAUGUAGUGGAGUCAUUAAUUGCUUUGAGUGGGUCAACACAGCAGGACAAUAAGAAACGUUUCUUUGAAGAAUUUGGACUUGAUGAAGAAUUAGAGGAUCAUAAUAGAAAACAAGAUCGCCCAGCCGACUUUUUGGAGACGUUUAAAGGAAACAUUGAUGAUCACUUUCGUGUUGGCAUAAAGUUUACACGCAAGACUCUGAAGCUAUAUUCGGACUUCUACUCGGCUGAUAUCAUCUUGGCUUCACCAUUGGGCCUGAAGACCGUUAUUGGAGCGGAGGGUGACAAAAAGAGAGACUUCGAUUUCCUAUCCUCAUUAGAAGUAGUCAUUGUUGAUCAAGCGGAUGACAUGCUUAUGCAGAACUGGGACCAUCUGGAGACUGUUUUCGAGCACAUGAACUUGAUUCCAAAGAAUGCACAUGGAUGCGACUUUUCCAGAGUCCGGAACUGGUCUUUGGAUGGACGUUCUAAAUAUGUCCGCCAAACAUUAAUGUUUUCCAACUACUUGACUCCAGAGAUCAAUGCACUUUUCAAAAAAUUUUCCAAGAAUGUGGCGGGCAAGCUCAAGAUCACUCAACCUUACGAACAUGGCACUAUUGUCGACGUAGUGCCUCUUGUUCAGCAGAGUUUCAACCGGAUCGAGACUCGAACGCUCGCUCAAGCGGAUGAUAAUCGGUUUCAAUAUUUUAUCAACCAUACAUUGCCUCAACUUCGUCGUUCAGCAGUGACACAGACUCAUACUAUGAUCUUUAUUCCCUCCUAUUUUGAUUUCGUACGACUGAGGAACUACUUCUCUGAGAACAAAUACUCAUUUGCAGCCAUUUGUGAAUACACAUCCACUGCGAAUGUAUCCAGAGCUCGUUCAAGUUUCUUUCAUGGUGAAGCUGCUUUUUUGUUGUACACGGAGCGAUUUCAUUAUUUCCGACGGUAUAAUAUCCGAGGUACCUUCCAUUUGACGUUCUAUGGCUUGCCAGACCAUCCACAGUUUUAUCCAGAGAUGUUGAAUUUAUUGGCAUUACCUGCAAGUGGCGGAGGUGAGAAAUCUAGGUCGAAACAUGCAGCUGCAAAUGGAUUGGAGGACAGAGCCAUGUCGUGCACGGCCCUGUUUACAAAGUAUGACCUAUUGAAGCUGCAGAGAAUCGUGGGUACAGAGAGAGCGAAUAGUAUGUGUAAGCAGGAAGGACGCGAUCUCUUUGUGUUCACAUAAAAAAAAUAAAAAACAUCUAUAUAAUAUAGC